CUCCUACCUCAGCAGCGAUAUUCAGUCAACCACCCAGUAUAGACAAGAAACUCUUUGUGGAAAGACUUGCUAACGUGGUUGACAAUUCAUUUAAUAGGCCAGGAUGACAGAAGACCAGGAUCUGAUGGCCAAGAUCAGCCAGCUUGCUGGCCAGAUCAAUAGGCACAAAACUCAGCGCUCACAGUCAGAAACUCCAUAUAGUAGUGAAAUCCCCUCGGGCCAACACGUAUCACGACAUGUUCCUCAUCGAGGCCGUGGCUGGGCGCCGUAUCGCGGCCGACCUUACGCGCGAGGACGUCAUGUAGCUCCCCACCGCCACCGUACCCUCAUUCUCAACAAUACAACAUCAUCAGGGACCCCAGGAUCGAAUACUCCUGCGGGCACAAUGACGGAUACAGAUGGUGAGGCGCGAUCGGCAACCCCGAAUGAAUGGGUUGUGAAGCACGAUCGCCACAUGCAGCUCAUCAAUACAUCGAUAUACGACAAAGAAGCCCAGGCUAGGACGAAGGCGAUAGAGGAGAGCCGCCAGGCCAAGGCGCACAAGAGAGCACAAGUUGAGCAGGCUAGAGUUCUGAAUUACGCGCAGGGUGUUGGCAGAACGUACUCGGCGGGCUUCGCGGCUCCUCAGGUGUCUACCACUGCGGAGCCCUCGGCAGAGUUUCAAGUUUUCGUCAACGACAUCCCGUUUCGGGUGUCGCGCGGAGGCAGCAAGUUGAUUCGGGUUUCUGGUGCGUGCGCUCAGGACGCUCUGGUCAAGCGAACCAGCUUACCGGUUGUAGACGAUCCGAAUACUGCCAACGCCACCCCGAAGAGAGUGACGGUGGCAGGUGUUGCGUUUGUCCGAAGCAAGAACGGAAACCUCCACCGCUUAGGAGCUGUGACAUCGAAGAGAAAACCAAUGGCAGUUAAGAAGAAAGACGCGCUUUGCCAGCGAUUCAAUACGACGGGUACCAAUGCUUUCCCUACGCUCGACCCCGAGUCGCCCUUUCUUUUUCUUUUACAUUCCUGUUUCAUCUUUGGUAGGACCGUGCUGAUCGGAGUCUUGAAACGAUUAGGCAGCUGCUACAAAGGACCAACGUGCCCCUAUACCCACGACCCGAACAAAGUCGCCAUGUGCAAAGACUUCCUUCAGACUGGUCAGUGCAAUGCAGGUAUAAGUUGUGAUUUGUCCCAUGAACCCUCGCCACACAGAUCCCCUGCGUGUGUGCAUUUCCUUCGGGGGCGCUGCUCCAAUCCAGAGUGUCGCUAUACCCAUGUUCGCGUGACACCGGGCGCUCCUGUGUGCAGAGAUUUUGCGGUUUUAGGAUACUGCGAGAAAGGUGCCGAAUGCGACGAACGCCACGUUCACGAGUGCCCAGACUACGCAAACGACGGCGUUUGCAACAAGAAGCGCUGCCGCCUGCCCCAUGUCGAUCGGGCUGGGCAGAUCCGAAAAAACGCAGCUUCUAGGACUGAUGUCAUGAUCCAUGCGGAGGAAUCUGAUGCAUCCAGUGAGGAAGAAGAAUACGAUGAAAUCGACACGGAUGACGUUGAUUCGGAUGAUCUUGAUGAGGAUGAGCCCGAACUCAUCGCGGGCAAGUCUGAUACUGGCGAGGUGUCGCAGCAAAAGGACUUUAUCCGCCUCUAACUGCACAUACCUACUAACGCAGCAGCAGUCCGUAAUUGAAACUUGGCUUGGAUUCUACGGAUCACCCAGGAAGAACAGGACCCAGAAAAUGGUUAGGAGACAAAGAAAGAAAAGAACAGAAAAACAAAGAAAAUGAGAGGGACCGAGUCCACUCUGUGGCCGCAUUGAUACCUGCUUUGAAACUUUUAUGCCUUACGAACUGUCGUGUCCCAGUCGCAGAUGAAGAUACCCAUACGCAUUCAGCAUGUUCCCACCCGUGUCCGGUUUGUCUUAUGGAUUUCUUUGAUGAGAUUGGAUCUUCCCUACGGUUUGGUUAGGGAGGACGCCUGAUACUGUAGCGCUACAUGACAUCGUGUCUGGAGGAGACGAGCCAUAGGUAGCAUAGCAAUGGAG